UUCGCGUUGCUUGCAAACGAUGUGGUUUAUAAUUAGUUUAUUAAGUUUUACACUUUUGUCGCCAUGUGUGCGAGGGGCUAGUGAGGUAACAAUAAAACUGAAACAAGGGUAUGUUCGAGGAUAUAUGGACCCAGAUGGAGGAUUUUACGCAUUCUAUGGAAUCCCAUAUGCAACCGCACCGACCGGUGACAAUAAGUUUCAGGCUCCUCUUCCCGGCCCAAUAUGGCUGGAUACGCUUGAAGCCGUUGACAACACCAUUAUCUGCCCGCAAAUUAAUGAUCCUUUCCAAUUAGUUCCACAAAAUAUGAAAAUAAAAGAAGACUGCUUGAUAGCAAAUGUAUUUCUACCAGACACAAAAGAGAAGAAUCUACCAGUAGUGGUUUAUGUCCAUGGUGGCGCAUUCCAAGUUGGUUAUGGCAAUUUAUUUACUUAUAAACAAUUGGUUAGAAGCAAAAGAGUUGUUAUUGUUACAUUUAAUUAUCGACUUGGAGCACAUGGAUUCUUAUGUCUUGGAACAGAAGACGUUCCAGGAAAUGCUGGAAUGAAGGACCAAGUGGCUUUACUUCGCUGGGUUAAUCAAAAUAUUGCUAAAUUUGGUGGUAAUCCUGAAGAUGUAACUAUUGCAGGAUAUAGUGCUGGUUCGUCGUCGGUGGAUUUGUUAAUGCUUUCGAAAAGUGCUAAAGGUCUGUUUCAUAAGGUUAUACCAGAGAGUGGCGCUAGUACUGCAGCAUUUAGUGUACAAACAGACCCCAUAGAGAGCGCCAAAGAAUAUGCAAAACUUUUAAAUUAUACAGGCAACGGUAGUAUUGUUGAUUUAGAAAAUUAUUACAAAAGCCUGUCUUAUGAUACGCUUAUGACAGCUGAUGUAAUGAACAGACGAGAUUCUGUGUUUUUGAUGUCACCUUGUAUUGAACGUAAAGAAACUAAAGAAUUAUUUUUAUCAGAAAGUCCUGAUAAUAUUUUAAAAAGUGGCGCAUACCCAAAAGUACCUAUUUUAUAUGGGUUCGCAUCAAUGGAAGGUCUUUUCCGUGUAGGAUUAUUUGAUGAAUGGAAACAGGCUAUGACUGAUGACUUUGAAGCUUUUCUUUCUCCUGAUUUAGAAUUUGAAAGCGAUGAUCAAAAGCAAAAAGUCACCAAAAAAAUUAAAGAGUUUUAUUUCGGACAAUCAACGAUAGACAAUGACGAUAUUUAUGGCUAUAUUAAUUAUUUUACUGAUGUUUUAUUUGCUUAUCCAACAUUAAGAGCAGUAAAAUUACACGUAGAAGCAGGACACAAUCAAAUAUAUUUGUAUGAAUUUUCUUUCGUUCACGAUGAACUUCCCAUCAUUCCACACACAAAUAUUCGCGGGGUGGGUCAUUGCAGUCAAACAAACACUGUGUCGGACGGAUUUUUUGGUACAAAUUAUACAAACUCAAAGCUUGAAGAAAUGAGAACUUUGACAAGGAGAAUAUGGUUGAACUUUAUAACUACCGGGAAACCAAUUUCUGAAGAUUCAGAGCUGCCUCCGUGGCCACCAGUAGGGAAGAACUGGUCUCCGCACAUGUCAUUAGAUCUUCCGUUGAGCCUCAGGGGUUCGUUACUGAAGGAACGUACUCUGUUCUGGGAUCAGAUUUACGAGGAACAUUAUCGGCAGCCAAUACCACCACCAGCCGCAACGUGUUAUAGACUGUACUUUAACUGGUUAAUCUAGCUAUCUAUUAAAAUAAUAGCAGGUCCAGGCCAAUAUAAAAUUUCAAUUGUGAAAUAUUAAUUUCUUUAAAUAAAUCUCUAAGCGAAU